UGAGCCAAUAGAAAACCGGGGUAAAGGUUGCCCCCCUAAAGCUUGAGAUAAGCUUUGUUUAUAGUCAGAAUAAACCAUGAAGAUAAACAAACGUAGCGGUACAACCUUUCAGGAAGAGUUGUUUAUUUCACUUUGCAAUAGGAGGAAGAAGUGAAAACUAUCGUUGUGACUUGGGGGUUAAAUCUAGGAUCACCCUAAUCUCAAGGGCACCACAAACAUCCAUUAUUCCAAACAUCGAGGGGACCCAAGUCCGGUUCAGUUACAUUGCUGGUAUGGGGAGUGUGAGCUGCUAAACAGACAGACACAGGAUCGCCGUGAAGAAAGUGGUAAACUACAUUCGUUUUCGCCGUCUUAUUGAACCGAAAUGGCCAAAUCCAAAGACAACUGUGGUAGUCUGUUCAUCAGCACUUUGACAGUUACUUUGUUGGUAGCUGUCAUCAUCAUCUCAUCAGCAGCCGUCUCUGAGGCCGAUUCUCUCGCCGGUCAUAGUAAGUCUUCGCGCCAUGAGCGAUCACCACAAUGGGAUGAGAACCUUCGCGGCUACAUGGAUCGCAUGACGAGACGCCAUCCUGUUUCGCCUGAACUCUCACGUGGCAGACCAACGGUGAGACGCAUACCAACACCCCAGAGGAAACCCAGUCAACCUCGCCCUAUUGGUGAUACUAGAGGGCCAAGCUGUACCUGUGAUGAGGGCAGACUGACCCGGAUGGACGAGCAGAUCGCCAACCUGCUGGAGAAGACAGAGGAGCUGACUUCACAGACCGCGGAAAGCCGAAACAACAUUGCUUCGUUGAUGGCCAACAAUCGCCAGCUGAGGUCCCAGAUGUCGCGCAUAGAGCGUGAAAAACAGAGACAGGAACAAGAAAUCUACAACCUUCAGUGUAGUGCGUCGUCUCUGACGCAAAACAAUGAUCAACUAAGAGCAGAAAACGAACGCCUCGUGGCUGAGCUACUCCAGGCCUCAGCGGUUGACGACAAUGGAGAAAGCGCAGACGAGGUGGUCGGCACUCUUGGAUCAUCGUUACGAGAACUGAACGAUCUGGUUGGUAAUCGAGAGGCAGAGUUGGUCGAGCUUGGAAUCCCUGUAUCUGUGGGAAGACCCCAGCAAAGAGAACCAGAAGGAAGAAGACCGGAAUCUCGACUGGACCCUGAUGCCGAGAACUUUGCAUCAUCACUUCUGGUCGUCAACUCAGAGAUCAAGGACAUGACAAGAAAGGUUGAACUCUUAGAAAGAAGAGUAGCCGAGCAGCAGAGGGAGGUCCCCCAGGAUGAAACGGCUCGACCAGUCUUCCGUCAGGUUCCUCCUCACCAGCGAGAAUCAGAUCCUGUGUCAGAGAAGAUCGCACAACUGGAACGUCUCGUCCUGGUUGCUCUUGGAUCCCAGCCAAGGGAUGCAGCUAGCGGGCGCCUAGCAUCUCGUAGAGAGGGGGUUCCUGACCAGACCCUACCGCUAACAGCUGGUGGUAGAGCGACGUCCAGGCUAGAGGCUCCUGCGGCAGCCAGAGAACAACGUCCUUCUUUCAAAGUUGGCGAUGAAGUGGAGUCGCCGAGGGCCGAAAGGUUGGCCAUGGCAGACACAAUGAGUGAUGAAGAUCUAGAUGCGAUGGCCAAUGUAGUCGAGAGCGUGCAAAACAAGAGUCCGCGAAAAUGCGCUUUCUCCGUUGCCAGCACAGGAGUCACCCUGGGUAACGAUGAUAACCCUUCGCCCAUCGAGUUUGACCACGUGUUUGUCAACAAGGGUUCAGACUUCAAAGUGAAUCAGAACCGAUUCGUGUGUGAGCACGCUGGCUUUUACUUCAUCACCUUCACAGUUCGUUCCUACGAUGGUAAAUACUUGGGCGUAACCCUCAUGAAAAACGAUGAACCUCAGACGGCCAUCUACUCCGACGCGAGUGACCGCAAUGUUAUGCAGUCCCAGAGUGUGGUUGUUCAUCUUGAAUCCGGAGACAGAUUGUGGCUUAGGCUUGCUCCAUCUAAAAGGCAUGCGGUCCACAGUGGAACUCAACGCUACGUCACUUUCAGUGGAUUCCUUGUUUACAAGGGCUUCUAAUGGGUCAUUCUCCUUACUACUGUUAAAGGCAGUGGACACUAUUGGUAAUUACUCAAAAUAAUUAUUAGCAU